AUGGGCCUCCACUCCAACAACCCAGGCGCCGCAAACCCAACCGUCCAUAUCACUGUCCUCACAGUCACAACCCUUCUCGUCCUGACCCUGCUAAUCCUCAUAAUUGGGCCUUCCCGCAUCCUAUCUGAUGCCGCCUCCUCGACAACCUGCUCUUGCACCUACCCCCCAAUCCACCUCGACAGCACCACGGGCAGCAUUCAUAUCCAGGACCCCCAGUCCAGGCCCUCCGUCCUCAACACAGCCCGCUACGACGGCACGCACUUACGAGCAUACAAGAAAGCGCCUCAACUCCUAGCGACCACAAUCUCCGACAAGUACCCGAACACCUGGGAAGGGAUGAUCUCGCCGCCCAACGCAGCAGGGGGGAUCAGAGUCACGCAGCAGAGCCUGGAGGGCUCGAAGUUUGAUAAUCUCCCCGAGACCCCGGGCGAGCCGGAGCCUGUAGGCGUGAAUCAUGUCAUUGGCAUGCUGCACCAGCUCCACUGCCUCAUUACAAUCCGGCGCAAGAUCUUCCCCGAAAACAACAAUGUCCCCGAGAACCAGAGUUCCAGCCGUAGUGCGUCCCUUAAGCAUAUGAGCCAUUGCUUUGAGUAUAUUGCGCAGGCCAUAAUGUGCCACGCAGACGACACUAUUGAGCCGCCUUUUAAGAAGAUGGAGGACGGAAAGGCCUUCUGGACUGUUACAGGGGAGGGCAGGAUUCACCAGUGCAAAGAUCCUCGGCCAAUUGUGGAGAUGGCGAUGCGCUCGCAUGCGGAGACGGUAAAUAUGAGCGGUUGGAUUGAGGGCAUUGGGGUCAGGGAACUCUUUGCGGACGAGAUCAGGCGGACUGGGUAUAAGCACAAGGAUGAAAUCUCGGAGCUCUUUACUUGGGGAAUUAUUGGGAGCUUGCCGGAUCCGUAA